CCCUACGCGCAGCGCACGACUCAGCGCAGUCCAUCCCUUUGGAUCCUACUGCUGCUCAGAGCUCUAGGAUACGUUCACUUAUGCGUAGCAAAACAAAGGAUACUCUCUGUUUCCAAAGAACUGUUCGAAUAUUAUCGGUAGCCUAUUUGAGAAGUACUCCAUUAUAUAGAUCAGAAGUGCCGUGCUCUUCAAGUGUCAAUUAUUUAUUGGAGUUGUCACUAGACAUUUUGUCACGACUGUCUCCCAAACGCGUUUGCCCUGUAUUGACGGGAACAGCAAUAUAAAUGAAGAGGGACUUAACGUGACCGUAUUGAGCAGAGCACUUGCGCGUUUUGGUGCGCUGCGAAGGUGUAUGCCAAUUCAACGGCUGCCACCUCCAGGCAUUGAAUCCAAGUAAAUAUCGUCAGGGUGACUAGAGGAAUGGCUGCGGCAAGCAACGGAUCAAACACAACUAGGACCUUUACAAAUCAGUUUGUACAACCGCCUUGGCGCAUCGUGCUAUGGUCGGUCGCGUACAGCCUUGUGCUCGCGGUGGCAGUUUUUGGGAACCUGAUAGUGAUUUGGAUCGUAUUGGCGCACAAGAGGAUGCGGACCGUGACAAACUACUUUUUACUCAACUUGGCUUUCUCUGACGCCUCAAUGGCCGCGUUCAACACGUUGAUUAAUUUCAUAUAUGCUACUCACGGCAAUUGGUACUUUGGAGAAUCAUACUGCAAGUUCCACAACUUUUUCCCAGUCACAGCAGUGUUUUCAAGCAUCUAUUCAAUGAGCGCAAUAGCGGUCGACAGGUACAUGGCCAUCAUCCACCCGCUGAAACCCAGGCUGUCGGCCACAGCCACCAAGGUGGUGAUCUUAUGUAUAUGGGCGCUGGCCGUGGUGCUGGCCUUCCCCCUCUGCUUCUACUCCACCAUCCGCAUCCUGCCCCGCCGGACAAUCUGCUACGUGGCUUGGCCCCGGUCAUCAGAUGACUCCUUCAUGUAUCAUAUCAUUGUGACGGUGCUGGUGUACGUGCUGCCCCUAGUGGUGAUGGGUAUCACCUACACCAUUGUGGGUGUGACGCUGUGGGGAGGAGAGAUCCCGGGGGAAGCAUCAGAUAACUACCACAGCCAGCUCACAGCCAAGAGGAAGGUGGUGAAGAUGAUGAUCAUUGUGGUGGUGACCUUCGCCCUCUGCUGGCUGCCGUACCACGUCUACUUCAUCGUGACGGGACUCAACAAGGCUCUGAUGAGAUGGAAGUCCAUCCAGCAGGUCUACCUGUCAGUGAUGUGGCUGGCCAUGAGCUCCACCAUGUACAAUCCCAUCAUCUACUGCUGCCUCAACAGCAGGUAGGAUCCAGCACCUGGAGGAUUGGUCUUUGUUAAGAAGGCACCAAAGCAUACGAUGAAGAUAAGCCUUACCCAUAACUCAUUUAUAUUUUCCGUUUAAAAAUGUUUUUUUCUUUGUUCCUACUUUGUUCCUAGGUAACCACUGGCUAGAUGGAUAAGACCAGAUGAGAAAGCUACCAGUGUACCUUCUUUAGAAUUCAUAAGCCACCUCUCAAAUGUUAAAAAUCUAACAAUGCACUCAUCUGUCUGGUUUGGGUUGUGGUUUGGAUACAGGUUCCGGGCGGGCUUCAAGCGGGCGUUCUGUUGGUGCCCGUUCGUCCGGGUAUCCAGCUAUGACGAGCUGGAGUUGCGCGACAACACCACCCGCCACCGAUCCGGCCACCUGGGCAGCAUGUGCACCCUCUCCCGCGUGAACACUGGGACCAACAGCACCAACAAUCGCCAACACAGCAUCAAAAAGGCAGUCUCCAGCUGCCAUGGCAAUGCCAGUGUUAACGGAGAUAACAGUGGUAACCAUGGCAACCAACCGGCGGUAGCCAAGUCCAACCUUUACAGUGACCCCGAUGAUGUGGCCAACGAUCAGUUCUCCUGAGAUGUUUAUGAUGACCACGACCACAUUCUAGAGUGUUCACGAGUGGUUUGGAAAGUCGUUGUCAACAUUUCGCCUUCCGAACUUCCCUCAAACAUUCCAAGCAAGCCUUUAGAUUUUAAUUUUAUUUUACCAAGCAUAAGUAUUUCAUGUGAGUUUGUUGCAAACGCGGUUGUUCUGUAUAAAGUAUUUUCUGCUGGCUUGAUGCAGUGAGAUUCUUUUGAUUUUAUUUGUAUUUUGCUUAGCUUUCGAAAAGCAUUUGUUUCUGCCUUUUCUCAUUUCCAAACCCCCCUCAUGACACUGACUGGACAUCUGGUAGGCUGCUGUCUCGACGGGCAGAUUUGUGGGCAGAUUUGUGACAUCUGGACUAAGCAAUGAAGGCAGAGCUUACCAGUAGUUUACCAGUGUGGGCAUGCAUCUAUUACUCAGGCAGGCUCCCCUUGAA